AUGGAAAAAGCUGUUAGAGAGAACCCUAACAUGAAAGUCAUGGACAUUAGGGAUAAAGUGAGUAGGAAAUGGAAUGUUGGAAUCUCUAGAAAUAUGAUUUUUAGGGAAAGAGCCAUGGCAAAAGAUAAUGUUGAUGGUUCAUUCAAGGAGCAAUAUAGAAGAAUCUAUGAUUAUGGUCAUGAGCUUCUCAGGUCAAAUCCAGGUUCAACAGUGAAAAAAAAGGCUGAAAAUAUUAAUGGGGAGUGCAAGUAUGGAGGGGAAUUACUAACAGCAAUGGGAAGAGAUGCAAAUGAACAAAUUUUGCCCAUUGCAUAUGCUGUUGUUAAGGUAGAAAACAAAGACUCCUGGACUUGGUUCUUGGACCUUCUGAUUGGGGAUCUUGGUGGGGAAGCUAUAUGUGGAGCAUGUACAUUUAUUUCAGACCAACAAAAGGGUCUGUUAACAGCCUUUGAUGCACUUCUACCUAGGGUAGAACAACGCUUUUGUGUUAGACAUUUGUACUCAAAUUUUAGAAAGCAAUUUCCUGGAAAAGACCUCAAACGUUUGACGUGGACAACAGCAACAACCACAUAUCCACAACUAUGGGAGGCUGAAAUGUUGAAAAUUAUAGAGAUCAAUUUAUAA